UGUACGAUCAUAUGAUGGAGCUGGACAUUGCGUCUGUCGGGUUGUUAUGUCCAGAGAGCAUAGCAUACGUGGUAGAAUUUGGAGAUCGCCAGUAUCUGGAUAAAGCACUUGAGACCUAUCAAUUGCGACCCUGGAUACUUAUGCCGUUGUAUCUAUCGACACCGCGACAUUGGGUGUUAGUUGUAAUAUGUUUGUUUGAAAACAAAGUGUAUUUUCUAAACUCCAUCAAGUCAACUGGAGGUCAUAAGAAUAUGAAGGUGAAGACUUUCGUCAACGAGUCUUGGCGAUUAUUUCAGGAACGACAUAUGCCUCAGCUUAAGGCUCGACCGGAUUGGGUUGAUGUUCCAGGAGUACCCCAACAAGAAGGGAAUGUUGAGUGUGGUUAUUAUACAAUGCGAUAUUGUUGGGUCAUCGUCAAUAUUUGUGCAAAAUGUUCAGUACCAUUAUUCGAGGUGUUUCAGUCUACUUUGCCUUAUACUAGAGCCGAGUUAGAGGAAAUUAGAGAGUUUUGGGCCGGGGGUUUUCUCGAUGAACUUGUGUAAGUUAGUAAAGUACAAUGUAGUUU